AUGGUCCAUCAAGCUGAAUAUCUCACAGGCAGAGGAACUGAAAUCUCUAGUAUCUUAGCUGGUGGUUAUGCCCAUCCAUUAACAAGAGAGUGGCAAAAUGAACGUCAAUUAACCAAGAAUAUGUUUAUUUAUCCAUUAUUUAUAUCAGAUUCUCCUGAUGAAGAAUUCUUAAUUGAAACUUUACCAGGUCAAAAAAGAUGGGGUGUAAACAAAGUUGUUCCAUAUGUUGGUGAAUUAAUCAAGAAAGGUCUUAGAUCUGUUAUAUUAUUUGGUGUCCCAUUAAAAAAUGGUUCCAAAGAUCCUGAAGGUACAAGUGCUGAUGACCCUGAAGGACCAGUGAUUCAAGCUACAAAAGCUUUAAAAGCAGCUUUCCCUGAUUUAUAUAUCAUGGCUGAUGUUUGUCUUUGUGAAUAUACUUCACAUGGUCAUUGUGGUGUCUUAUUUGAAGAUGGUACUAUAAAUAGAGUUGAAUCUGUUAAAAGAAUUGCAGCAGUUGCAGUUAACUAUGCAAAAGCUGGUGUUGAUUGUGUUGCUCCAUCUGAUAUGAUUGAUGGUAGAAUUCGUGAAAUUAAAUUAGGUUUAAUCGAGGCAAAUUUAGCUCACAAGACAUUUGUUAUGUCAUAUAGUGCAAAAUUUAGUGGGAAUUUAUAUGGUCCUUUUAGAGAUGCUGCAUGUUCUUCUCCAGGUCAAGGUGAUAGAAGACGUUAUCAAUUACCAACUGGUGGGUCCGGUUUAGCAAGAAGAGCCUUGAGAAGAGAUAUUGAAGAAGGUACUGAUGGUAUUAUUUGUAAACCUUCAACUUUUUAUUUGGAUGUUAUGGCUCAAGCUGCUGAAAUUGGUAAAGAUUAUCCAAUUUGUGCUUAUCAUGUUAGUGGUGAAUAUGCAAUGUUACAUGCUGCUGCUGAAAAGGGUAUUGUUGAUUUGAAAACUAUUGCAUUUGAAGCAAAUAAUGGAUUUUUAAGAGCUGGUGCAAGAUUAAUUAUUAGUUAUUUUACUCCUGAUUUUUUGGAAUGGUUGGAUUGA